GGGCUCCGCCCCCUCAUACAGUUGCACAAGGCUUCGUUGCCAGUCCCACGAUCCUGAAAGCACCCCAGCAUUCGUGCGAAUCUAAAUGCAAAUCCCACUCUCUGGCACCGAGGUCGAGCCAUCUUCCGAUCGAGCCCAGCAAGCUUGUUCGUUUAUCCCUGAUGAACUCAUGGCCCUUAAAGCUAUGAUAGAGUGUGGGUCCGAGACCCAGAAUACUCCACGUCUUUUGGAUUAUAAAGAAGAGAAGCAAGACGACACAGGUCUUGUCCCGGGUGGGUUUAUUAUAUGGAUCGUGUGGGAGAUUGUCCCGGGAAUCCGGCUGGGGAAUGAGAUUGGAGCGGAUGAAUUCUGGAAUCUUGAGCUGGAUGAACGUCGGGUUAUUCAAAGGAUGCUUCCUGGUGAAUAUGAGAAGAUGGUAUCCACUGGAUACUUUCCAUGUUUCCAGCGGGCGAGGAAUUUGGUCUGGGACUCAGCAAACCAGCGCCUCUACUUCGUUGGGUUUCGGGAAUGCCAUAAGACUGAAGACCCGGACAGAAAAUGGAGACCCUCUCUGUAUGCCGUCUACAAACUUGCUAAGCCACCUCCUGAGUGCAACUGGUGGGCACCGACACGGGAUGGAGAUAUGAGAGGCUGGCAGUGGUUAUGGAAACUGUUGCUUAAUCAGCCAUUCACUCUUGAGCCAACAUCGGUUUUUCCACAGCAGUGUAAUCCAUCACAAGGGUGGUCCGCAUAUCACUUCGACAAGCUAUUUUCUGUUCUGGAAAGGUAAUAUGGACGCGCAACCACAGACAAAAUGAGGUUCACGCGUCAAGAGGCGCAAUUACACGCAAGACUUGAGUCUCAAGAUUGGCUU